GCCACCGCCGGCGCCAGCGCCGCCGCCUCGCCCUCUUCAAGUUGGCACUUUGAAAAUGUCCCUGCCGUUUGCCCGGGAAAGCCGAGGUCGCCGGGGUCCCGCCUCGGCCUGCCUCCGGCCGGGGCUUCCCUUUGCGCCCAAGCCCCGCUAGAGCGCGCCGGAUCCCGGCCCGGGAAAGCCGUUUCCCCCGCGCUGCUCGUGCUCCUGCUCCUCCAUGCCCCGGCGCCAGCCAUGCUUCUCCGGCUCCUGCUGCUCGCCCUGCUCGGCCUGGGCCGGGCGCCGCGGCCGGGAGGCGUCCCGACGGCUUGGGGAGCCUCGGAGCCGCGCGGCGCGCACGGGGACCCGCCGCUUGGAGGCGCCGAGGACGCGGGUGCGGAGGGAGACCCGUGGUGCCCGUACAAGGUGCUGAGCGAAGGCCCCGACGGCGGCGGAGGAGCCUCGGGGGCGCAGGGCGGGCGCCUGUGUUUCCGCAGCCGGGCGCGGGGCUUCCAGUGCGCGCCGCGGAGCUGCAAAGCGCACCGCUCGCCCGGGCGCGCCCUGCUGGCCAACGUGCUCCUCAACGGCAGCGUCCUCCUGCAGUGGGGCUGGCCUCCCCUGCUGGCCGAGGGGGAAGAAGACGGCGACGACGAGGGAGCCGAAGCUCCCACCUCCUCGGCCGAGGUCGGCCUGCUGCGCGGCUUCUCGCUCUCGUGCUCGUGGGAAGGCGCCUACACGCGUUUCCAGUGCGACCGCGUCCAGCUGGGCGCCGCUUGCCGCGACUACCUGCUGCAGGACGCGCACGGCAGCGUCCGCUACCGCCUCUGCUUGCAGCCCCUCUUCGCCGCUGCUGCCACCGCCAACGGCACCGAUCCUGAUUCUGCUCCUCCUCUCCGGUGGCCUCCGGAAUGCGUGGAGUUCACCGUGGAGCCGGCCGGCAUGCGGGAGAUCGUGGUCGCCAUGACGGCCGUCGGGGGCUCCAUCUGCGUCAUGCUCGUCUUCAUCUGCCUCCUGGUCGCCUAUCUCACCGAGAACCUCACGCCCCCCGCCGCGCCCGCCGCCAAGAGGGGAAACUGAGGCGGGUUAAGCCCCGAGGAGCGCGCAGUGAGACCCUGGCUGCCCUCGGGUGGACGGGGGAAGAGAGCCCCAGCGAGCAACCUUUGAGCGUGCGCAUCUUGCCGAGGACGCACAGCUGUGAUCCCUGCUCCGAAUUACUUUAUGUAAUCAGGGGAGUAAGCCAUAAUGGGGUGUAGCGUCGGAAGCCCACCCCCCUUUCAGAUUGGUUUCAAAUCGGAUGGGGGACCUGUGUGUGGAGAUUCUUGCAUUGCAGGGGGUUGGACUAGAUGACUCUGGGGUGCCUUCCAAUUCUGCAAUUCUAGUAUUCUUUCAGGUUUGCUUGGCUAUAAAGCCCCCCUUCCCGGGGAUUGCUUUCUGAGUAAGCCUGCCCAGGAGGAAGGGGCUGUGCAGGUGGGAUCCCAGUCACAUUUACUUGGUAGCAAGUCUGGACUUUAACUGGCAAGCGGAUCCAGUUGCAAAUUAGGGCUGCAAAGGGUCUUGGCCUGAUUGGGGGAAGCACUUCUUUUCAAAAUCCUUUUAGCUCAGUUAAAAGGGUGCCUUCUUUGGAUUAAUGCCACACUUUAAAAAAUAGAUAUAUUUAGGUUAAUUUAUAAUAUUUCCCCUCUUCUCCCACAUCUGGGAAUGCUUCUUCCAACAAGAGACAUGACAUUCUUUCUUUCCCCUCCCCACCCCCCACUUUCACUGCUGGGCAUAUUUCCUGGGCAUAUUUAUGCAAAUUUAAUUGGCUGACCAUUUAAUCAAUGAAAACUCAUAGGAUGAAUCGACAUGGGGCCCUUCUAGAUUACCUGUUUAUGUUGCAUUCAUGUUGCAUUCAUCCUGAUUUUUUUGUAGGGUGGUUAGACAAUGCCUCAAAGGAAGCAUUGCCCUUCCAGUGUGUUUUCACUGUUACUUUCCUUAUUGCAAAAACUCCAGUCUUUAGGGGAAGCAGGUUUGCUGCGCAAGACCUCCCCACUAUAAUUGGCCAGGCGGUAGGUAGCUCAAUGGCAGAGCAUCUGCUUUGCAUGCAGAAGGUCCCAGGUUCAAUCCCCGACGUCUCCAGCAAGGGCUGGGAACGUCUCCUGUGUCUAAAACCCUGGGUCACUGCUGCUGGUUGGUGUUGCCAUUACUGGGUUAUAUGGACCAAGAGUCAGCUUCCUGCAUUUCUAGAACCUGAAUUUGCUGGUAUGUGAUUGGACCCCGCUCAAAGAGAGCAACGGUCUGGAAGCACCCUAAGAUUUGUGGUUAUGAGGGUGAUAGGGACGCGGGUGGCGCUGUGGGUUAAACUACAGAGCCUAGGACUUGCCGAUCAGAAGGUCGGCGGUUCGAAUCCCCGCGACAGGGUAAGCUCCUGUUGUUUGGUCCCUGCUCCUGCCAACCUAGCAGUUCGAAAGCACGUCAAAAUGCAAGUAGAUAAAUAGGUACCACUCUGGCGGGAAGGUAAAGGGUGUUUCCGUGCGCUGCUCUGGUUCGCCAGAAGCGGCUUAGUCAUGCUGGCCACAUGACCCGGAAGCUGUACGCCGGCUCCCUCGGCCAAUAAAAUGAGAUGAGCGCCGCAACCCCAGAGACUGGACCUAAUAGUCAGGGGUCCCUUUACCUUUACUAUGAGGGUGAUGGUAGACUGCACUGGACCUACCCAUUCUGUUGGGGGGCAAGGAGAGAGAGAGGCUCCCUCCCCUACUUUAUGAAACAGUAGUUCUGGUCCUCUCUGGCUAGAGACCUCUGGGGGAAGCCCUCACACAGUUGCCUAGGGCUCAUCUCCACACCUGCACACAUCAUGUGACAACUGCACCAUCAAGUGAUGACUUGACUUGGAUUUUUGGAUUGUGGGUCAGCCACCACCUAAUAGGAAGUCCACUUGCUCCAGGUUGCCCUGCUUUCAGUGGUGUGAGCUCCCCAUUCACUGCCUUUUCUGGUUCUUUGAGAAAUUUGCAGGUAAAGUCCCACAUGCUCUGUUAACCCCUCACUGACUUCACUCACUUUGCCUGCCUACACAGUGUACAGAUGUUGUAUUUUAAAGAGGCAUCCCCAUUUUGGGGGGAGCAGCCCUUUUUGGUGAGAAGUGGUGGAAAAUGCCUCCAGACUUGGAGAUCCCAGGGAUAGGGACCAUGUCUGUGGGGCUGCUGGCUAUUAGGAAAGAGACUAGUGUCUGCUCUGGGAGCAGGAGGGGAAUAAGAGGGGAAGCUAGGACCAAGGGGAAUCCCUUGGGUGGGUGAGCAGAAAUAUAAGGGCUAGCUGAAGAUGAUGCUGGGAACAGCUGUGAUGGAACAAAGCAACCUCUGGCUGUGCAUACAUUUUCCCCCCUCCCCAAAGAAUCCUGGGAACUGUAGUUUGUUAUGGGUGCUGGGAAUUGUAGUGCUGUGCAGGGUAAACUGCAGUUCCCAGGUUUCUUGGAGUGGGGUAUGCUUCAAAGGCACUUUGUGUAUGCAGCCUCUGUCUGUUCUGAAUGUCAAAGCUCGGGUGGUGUAGGAAGUGCAGGAAUAAAUGCAAAGUGCCCCUGAGCAAAGUGCUCUCCGACCUAAGCAGCGGUUCCCUCCACCAGCUGGUUGGGAAAGUGGGGGAAGUUGGACACCUUCAGAAAAAGUAUAGAAGCAUUUCUCCAUGGCACCUGGCCCCGUUGAAGCAAAGUAGGGUUGCCUCCAUUGCAUCAGCUUUAGCUUUGAGACACACCUGGACCGGUCCAGAAUAUGCAUCUUCUCAUCCAUCAUGUCUGGGACUUGUUAGCCUGCAUCUGGACCGAAGAUGGAACUGAUGCCUCAAGUAAGGAGAACCAGGCACCUCUCUUCUCCAAGAGUUGAGCUGAAUUCUUGAAGCAGAAAACCCCAGAACUCAAAUGUGAGAAUCUGCCGUCUGAAUUUUUGAAGUUUUGAAAAUGCAGUGUUUCAAAAAAACGAUCUUGAAGUAACUUUUUCUAUUCUGUCAUAAUCCAACACCUGCUUAAACAGGGGACAGCGUGUAGCAAUGAGCACAUCUGCGGGUGGCUCUAGGUAUGUCCCCAAACCUUUGACCUUCAGCACAAAGUAGUACAUUCUUUUAAAAAAGAAGGGGGGAAGUGGUUUUCAGGUUUUAUAUAUGGGGAAAAAAUGAAUUUGAAGUCAUUCAUUUCAGAUUGUUGUCAAACAUCGUUCCGUGUCUAACUGUUCUCAAAUAACUUUAGAGGGAGAUGGAGGCUUCCUUGAAACUAGAGUUUCCCAGAGAUGAAAUUCAGGUUUCAAAAGGAUUUUAGAAGCAUAUAUGAGUUAGACUAAGGGUGGCUAAGAUGAUGACUUCUGUAUGUCCCUGAGUUUUAGCUCGCAUCAUCUGCUGGCUUGGGCCCUCUGGGUGUCGCUGAACUACAGUUCCCACCAUCCCUGGCUAUUGACCAUGGUUGCAGGGACUGAUGGGAGUUGUAGCCCAACAUCAGUCAGAGGGCACCAGGUUGACUGUCCCUGAGGUCAGACUUUGCAUUAAAGCAGAUGUGGGGAACUUGUGGCCCUACAGACAUUGCUGGACUAAAGCUCCCAUCCUUCCUUGCAAGUGUGGCCAUAGCCAGGGAAGAUGAUGGGAGUUGUAGUUCAGAGACACCUGGCGAGCCAGAGGUUUCCCACACCUGCUUAGAAUAAGAUUGGUCAACAGUUCUGUUGCUCUGUUUGCUGAAUUUUCUCUGGCUUGGUUUCAAGGGAGGAAAAACUUUCAUCUCGCUCAGGUGCUUAGAUACCGUUUUCUGUUUCUGUGAUGGGAAAAGGUAACACAGUGGUGAAAUGGGGGGCAUAGAUGCUCAUUUGAUCAGACUUCCUUGUUUGGGUAGCAGUAAUGUGUGUGACGCGGGUGGCGCUGUGGGUUAAACCACAGAGCCUAGGGCUUGCUGAUCAGACAGUUGGUAGUUCGAAUCCCCGCAACGGGGUGAGCUCCCGUUAAUCGGUCCCAGCUCCUGCCAACCUAGCAGUUCGAAAGCACGUCAAAGUGCAAGUAGAUAAAUAGAUACCGCUCCGGCGGGAAGGUAAACGGUGUUUCCGUGCGCUGCUCUGGUUCACCAGAAGCGACUUAGUCAUGCUGGCCACAUGACCCAGAAGCUGUACGCCGGCUCCCUUGGCCAAUAAAGCGAGAUGAGCGCCGCAACCCUAGAGUCGGUCACGACUGGACCUAAUGGUCAGGGGUCCCUUUACCUUUACCUUUAACAUGUGUGAAUUUUCUGCCAGUUUUAGUUGAAAGUCCUGCAUCGCCGGGGGUUGGACUAGAUGUCCUUCGGUGUCUCUUCCAGCGCUACUGUUCUAUUAAAUGGUCACUCUAGGGCAAGGAUAGGAAAUCUGUGGCCCUCCAGAUAUUGUUGGACUAGCGCCGCACACCAGCCGAUGUGUUUUUUUAUCUAUCUACCAUAAGGUCCUUCUGCAGGUCGCAACAAUACGAAAAUACAGUAUUAAAAUCAGUUAAAACAAUUGGUAAUUGGAAGAACAGGGUUGGCCCUAGAAAUCUCUAUCGGGCCAAGUUGGGGGACCUCCCAGGUGUGCGCCACCAGUGAAAAAGCCCUCCUCCUGUGCCCGCUUUCAACUAAGCAUCAGGCCAUGGCGAUAAAUAACUGGACUCCAUUAGUAGUGCCCUUACCAGGCAGUGAAGAAGAAGGUGAUUCUUCAGGUAAUCAGCUCCAGAGUUAUUUGGGGCUUUGUUCGCAAGGAGCAGACCCCUAAAACUGGUUUGGUGGCUACAUAGGUGUGGACCCUGACUUGGUUCCCAUUGGGAUAGCUCAGUCGGUGGAGCACGAGGUUGUGGGUUCGGUUCCCCGUCCUUGUCUGGCCUUGAGGAGGAAGGGCAGGGCUCAUUUAAAGGCCCCGGAGUCUGAAAGGUGGAAACAUGAAGUGUAGUGGAUGCUGGCCCUUUGGGGCAAAUGAGGCAGUGCCCUACUAACCCCUGGCUGCCCUCCGCCAGGCCGUUCCCACCUCCCUGCCUUCUUACAAUCAGUCCCUGGCUGGCGGCCUUCCUCUUACCCCUUGUAAAACUCACCAGGGAGGAAGAUGGGGUCAAAACUUGCCUGCCAUUGCCUUUGGCUCCCCCUGCUGUUGGCCUCCUACGGUUCAGCCCGACGGACACCAGUCACCGGAGUGAGGAGAACCUUUAAUAAGCAUGAUGUAAAAUUGACUUCAGUGGGUGAUUUCCCCUGUCACCAAUGCACCAAAGCUGUCCUUUGGCAAAGGCACCUCCCAUCACUGUGGUCCACUAACUGUUGUCAACUGUUUGGCCAUCUGGCUCUCAGUCCUUCUCGCUUGCCGCUUCUGUAACACCCCAGUUGUCGCCAUGCUUUGGUAUUAACUAUCUUGUGCCUUAAGUGUCCCCUCUCCCUUUGUGCUCUCUACACACACACACACACACACACACCGCUGGUUUCCACUCCAUCAGUUUUAUGGGAUAACAAAUACUUUGCUGUUGUCACUUUUACAGUAGCUGUAAAGGCAUUUUAGUUAACGAGCUGUUAAAUUACUUUUAAUUGGUUUAAUUUGGUUUGUUGGUGAUUUCCCCCACCACCACAAAAAAAAAAAAGCAAUUGCCAGAUCUCAUCGUAGGAGAUCCGUUUGAGGAUCUUUGAAUGGUAGUUGUGGUUUUCUCUUUUUUUGGUUAACACAAUUAAACUGUGUCUAGUCGUUCAGCAUUUCUACAGCAAUACCAAUGUGUGUAGAUUGUUUUAAAAACCGUUUCUGCUAGUUCCCCCCAUGUAAACAGAUGGGAGCUGUGCCCCAUAGAGAAUAACUAGCCCAAGGCUAUAUGCCGUGUUCCCAGCUGAUUUCUUUUGUCAUUUUUUUAAAUAAAAAAACAACACAUUAUUAUGAAUGCUUUUGGGAGCAAACACGCAAAGUGGCUUACACACAAUUAACACAUGUAUUAAAAAUCAGUUUCUGGGUCCUAUCUCUUUGUCACCGUGUGGUGUGACCAAGAAAUGGAAUUCAGGGUGGAGCUAUGCAAAUAAGGAGCGGGCUCGAUUCUCAGUAGCUCCCAUUACCUUCUGUCAGGAGCAAAUAAAAGUUA